AUGGCAUAUACCACCCUCCUUACAACCCCUUCAACUGGAAGUUCGUCCCCGACAAGUUCGAUAUCGGACCAAUGGCGAUCCUCUGGCCAGAAAGAUGAAGGAACAGUGGCGGAGGAUGAGAUUGUUCAAGGCCGAAUCCUGUGGCUCCCACCAAAGGCUGAGCUUCCGGUGAAGGCAGUACGCAGAGCACAUGGUAAAGGGGCCGUAGAAGAAGGCAUAUACGAUCACCCAAUUGUCGUUAUCUCGCGGCCAGCGGAAGAUCCUAGUAUGGUCCACUUCCACCUGAUCACAUCCUUCCAAGGCAGAAAACUGCAUGAGAUAUACGGAAAAGCCAACGAAUUUCACACCAGUCGGCGGUCAUGGUACCUCCCCAUCGCGCCGGCACCUGAUCAUCCUGAUGCAAAGUCGAAAAAGGCGAAGAAAAGGUUCCCGACUUUACAGUUGGCGGAUGGCGUUUCGUUGCGGUGGGACUCGUACGUCAAUUUGCGCCACAUUUACAAGGUGAAAUGGUCGUAUCUGAGGCCAUACAACAACCCGGACGCUCCUUGGUCCACGCAGCACAGGUUCGAGAGGGAGUCGAUGAUUCGGAUAUUGGCGAAGGGAAGACUCCUCACAACGUAUGAAGCCGGACCUCAGUAUCAGGAAUACGACUUUCGGCCAACGGCAACGAGACCUAUCGCAAUCGAUCCUAUUUAUGAAGAGAUUCGCGAUCGCCCAGUAGCUACACCGUCUUUUGAUGCUGACAUUGGGUCAACCGUAGCAUCUGAGGAGGAUUGCGGAAAAGCUACGCCGCGUCAAUCGGAUUUUCACAUCGCAACACAAGCCAGAAAUGGCAUUAUUUUGCCCCCGCCCAAAGCCCCUCCAGAUGGUGGUAGAGAGAGAAGCACAUUCAUGUGCUUGUGGAACCAGAUUGUGUGUCUACUGGUGUGGGUGUGGAACGUUGCGUUACAGAUGUGGGCUCGGUUGAAACGUUGA